CCGCAUUGGGUGAGGACAGGGAUGCCAUUCAGCAGUGUAUCCUAGGCAUUGAGGAAAAGAAAUGGCAUGCACUGGAUCGCAUGGUAAAGGUUGUCAGCAGUGUUUUUUCAAAACUUUUCUCAACGUGUUUGCCUGGUGCCGCGGCCGUGUUGCGGGAGGAGCGGGACGAUCAGCGGCAUCUUUGCGGUCUUCAGGUGAAAGUCAUGUUUAAUGGCAAGGAAAAGGAGUCCCUGUCUGAGCUGAGCGGUGGACAGCGUUCGUUGCUUGCGUUAUGUCUUAUUUUGGCAAUUCUCCGUGUACGUCAGGCGCCUGUAUACAUCCUUGAUGAGGUGGAUGCCGCGCUUGACCCCAGUCACACACAAAAUAUUGGGCGGAUGCUGCAGACGCAUUUUCCCUCUUCCCAAUUUCUUCUUGUCUCGCUAAAAGACGGGAUGUUUAACAACGCGGAUGUGCUUUACCAGGUGAGUAACACGCAGGGCUACUCGGAAAUCACCCGUAUUGUGUCAGGAGCGGGACGCGCGUGA